CAAUACGAUGCCGGAGCUGGACACUGAGAUCCUCACGCUAGGUCCGCUGCUGCUCUCCUGUACUUUAUGUACAUGAUGAGAUGCUGCUGAGAGAGAGCGGAGGAGGACGAGAGCAUCCAUGCUGAGCACGGAAUAAACUCUUCGGCCUAUGAACAUGUUAUUGAGGUUUACAAAAUAAAGAUGUCACUGUUGGUGUUGGCAGUCGGAUUGUGCUUAGCUGGAUGGAUCGCUCUGUAUGCUUUGCUGUGUUACACAAAUGGCUCUUGUGGCUAUGAAUGGAACUGUCGGCUAGUUACACUGUUUCAUGGCAUCCUUGCAGUCUGUAUAACUGCUUAUAUUGGAUACAUAGAUGGACCGUGGCCUUUCACCAACCCAGGUACAAAGAACACCCCUCUGCAGAUCACUGCUUUGGUGGUCAGUCUGGGCUACUUCAUCUUUGACAUGGCCUGGUGUGUGUACUUCCGUACAGAAGGCCUGGUGAUGCUUGCCCAUCACACCAUGAGCAUCUUAGGUAUAAUGCUAACACUGUGGCUGGGUGAGUCUGGUAUCGAGUCCUGCGCUGUGCUGUUUGGCAGUGAGAUCACCAACCCCCUCCUCCAGACUCGAUGGUUCUUGAAACAUUCUGGACGCUAUGACAGCUUCCUUGGAGACAUGGUUGAUGUCCUGUUCGUGCUGUUGUUUGCGAUCAUGCGGAUUUUUGUUGGCGGCACCAUGCUGUACUGUGAGUUGAUCUCUCAGAGACCAAAGUUCAUUAUUAAAUGUGGUGGUUUGGCCAUGUACGCCCUGUCCUGGUUGUUUAUGGCUGACAUUGCCCGUUUCGCAUACCGCAAAUCCCAGGUCAAAUACCAGUGCUGGAUGAAUCAGCAGAGGAUGUCAGAUGUCAAUGGGCAGGAUGUGAAGAGAGACUGAAAGAUCUAUAAACAACCAGCUGAUUGGCCUCUCAUUUCUAACACUAAAGGUGAGAAUUGGAAUCAGAACAAAGAUACCAGCUAAUAUCAGAAUCAAAAUGAGCUUUAAUGACAAGUGUGCUCACAUACACAAGGAAUUUUUUUUGGUGAUAGGAGAAACAAGCAAGUAUAAACAGAACAUUACAGUGAGAGACAGAAUAUAAAACAAGUUAGGAGUAUAAAUAGACAUACAAAUAAAUAGGACAUAUAACAUAGAAUGGCAUAUGUACAUGUACAAGUGGUAAUGUAUGUGCAAGGUAGGGUAUGUACAGUUAUUGAAUUAAAUAUGAGUGAAUUUACAUAUGUACAGGACAUAUUUAUACAUUACUGCACUAUGGGAGUCCUGAAGGCAGUUUAAUUGUUCGUGAGGAAAAUGGCCUGAGGGUAAAAACUGUUCUUGUGCCUGGUUGUCCUGGCGCUCAGUGCUCUGUAGCGCCGGCCAGAGGGCAGCAGUUAAAAGAGGGAGUAGGCAGGGUGUGUGGUGUCCAGAGUGACUCUACCUGCAUGUUUCCUCACUCUGGAAACAUACAGGUCUUGGAAGGUGGGCAGGGGGGCACCAAUAAUCCUCUCAGCAGUCCUGACUGUCCGUUGUAGUUUCCUUCUGUCUGAUUUGGUGGCUGAACCAAACCAGACAGUUAUAGAUGUACAUAGGACAGACUCAAUGGCGGCUGAGUAGAACUGAGUCAGCAGCUCCAGUGGCAGGUUGAACUUCCUCAGCUGGCGAGGAAGUUCAAGUAAUAUAGCUCUAGAGCUAAUGUUUAGAUGUUUACAUAUUUUUUAAACAUGAUAUCGACCAAUAAAAAAUGUAUUUAUGGUUGUUAAAUUUAUACUUUUAAUAUACACAUGAAAAAAACCUCUGUGCUGUAUUAGAGCCCUUAAAGAGAUAGUUCAUCCAAAAAUGAAAAUUGUCUCAUCAUAUUCUCACCCUCAUGCCAUCCCAGAUGUGUAUGACUUUCUUUCUUCUGCAGAACACAAAUUAAGAUUUUUUGAAGAAUAUUUCACCACUGUAGGUCCAUACAGUGCAAGUGAAUGGUGGCCAGAACAUUGAAGUUUUUAAAAUCACAUAAAGGCAGAGUAAAAGUAACCCAUAAGAAUCCAGUGGUGAAAUCCAUAUCUUCUGAAGCGAUAUAUGAAAGGUGUGGGUGAGAAUCAGAUCAAUAUUUAAGUCCUUAUUUUCUAUAAAUCUCCACCUUUGACCAGCCACAACCAGUAGAUGGCGAUAUGCAUGAACAAUGCAAAUUGACAAAAAAUAAAAGAAGUGAAAGUGAAGAUUUAUAGUAAAAAGGACUUAAAUUGUGAUCUGUUUUUCACCCACACCUAUCAUAUCACUUAUGAAGAUGUGGAUUUAACCACUGGAGUCUUAUGGAUUACUUUUAUGCUGAUUUAUGUGAUUUUUGGAGAUUCUCAUUUUUGGGUGAACUAUCCCUUUAAACAGUUUUCAGUUUGCAUUAUCAGUUUUUUAUGAUUAAUUCAAGAUUUACAAAACUCUCACAAUCAAAUCUAAAACUAUAUAUUUGUACUCAUAUGGCAUGAAGUGUUUAACCUGCUCAGCAAUGAAAAUAUUUGAUAUUUUUGUAAUUAGCAAUACUACUUGUGAUAAAUGAACUGUUUUAUUAAUGUUGCUAUUAAAUUCUUUUUCAUUAAAUUUCAGUGUGUGAAAAAUUCAGAAAUAACCAUGAAACACUACUAAAUGUUGUGUGGAACAUUGCUAAAUAAUCUGUGUAAGAUUAAUGACUUGAAUAACAAAACAAAUCCAGAGAGAAAUAUAAAUUUCUGUUCUGUAAUCAUUUUAAAAUUGUUGAGUGAUGACUUUUGGGGCCUGUUUGCAUCAGUUAAUCAUCUGUCAUGGUGAUCUUGACCAAACCACUGGAUGAAAUCAAUAAACAUUGUCAUCAUUAUUACAAUAAAUCAGUUCUUUUUCAUUAUUAAUGUAUUAAGGGUGUGGUGUAAUGUCUUUUCGUAUGUCAGUUACUGCCAAAUAGAUCAUGUCAUAUGUCACAAUAAUGUGUGAAAUUGUUACAUACAAAGUUUCAGACUGAAUGAUUAAAUAAUAUACCUAAAUGGCAAGGAUCAUAAUAAUAGUAUAAUAUUCUUAAUACUACUAUAUUACUACUACUACUACUAUAAUAAAAAUGAUUAUUAACAUUAUUAAUAUGUAGAACAAUUACAAAACUAAAUUCAAAUAUAUGUGAGAGGUCCAACAAGUAAAGCGUUAUAAACGAGUUGCAGUUUUUUAAACGUCCAGGAUGUGGCAAACUAACAUAACGAUUAAACAAUUUUGUACUCAUUAACUUGAAAUUUAUUUAAUUUAAGCAAAGAUUGGCUCACAUUUUCCAAUGAAUUAAUAACACUUAUUUAGUCAACUUUUAAAAUAUAUAAACUGACGGCCAGAUGUUUGGAAUAAUGUACAGAUUUUGCUGUUUCAGAAGGAAAUUGAUACUUCAAUUCACCAAAGUGGCAUUCAACUGAUCACAAAGUAUAGUCAGGACAUUACUGAUGUAAAAAAACAGCACCAUCACUAUUUGAAAAAAGUCAUUUUUGAUCAAAUCUAGACAGGCCCCAUUUCCAGCAGCCAUCACUCAAACACCUUAUCCUUGAGUAAUCAUGCUAAAUUGCUAAUUUGGUAUUAGAAAAAUCACUUGCCAUUAUAUCUAACAAAGCUGAAAACUACUUGGUUUGUUAAAUGAAUCUUAACAUUGUCUUUGUGUUUGUUUUUGAGUUGCCACAGUAUGCAAUAGACUGACAUGUCUUAAGGUCAAUAUUGGGUCAAAAAUGGCAAAAUAAAAAAAAAAGAAACAGCUUUCUCUAGAAACUAAUCAGUCAAUCAUUGUUUUGAGGAAUGAAGGCUAUACAAUGCUUGAAAUUGCCAACAAACUGAAGAUUUCAUACAAAGGUGUACACUCCAGUCUUCAAAGACAAAGGACAACUGGCUCUAACAAGGACAGAAAGAGAUGUGGAAGGUCAGAUGUUCAACUAAACAAGAGGAUAAGUACACCAGAGUCUCUAGUUUGAGAAAUAAACACCUCACAUGUCCUCAGCUGACAGCUUCAUUGAAUUCUACCCGCUCAACACCAGUUUCAUGUACAACAGUAUAGAGAAGACUCAGGGGUGCAGGCCUUAUGGGAAGAAAUGCAAAGAAAAAGCCACUUUUGAAACAAAAAAACAAAAAGAAAAGGUUAGAGUGAGCAAAGAAACACAGACAUUGGACAACAGAUAAUUGGAAAAGAGUGUUAUGGAUCUUAACCCCAUUGAGCUUUUGUGGGAUCAGAUAGACUGUAAGGUGCGUGAGAAGUGUCUGUCAAGACAGCCACAUCUAUGGCAAGUGCUACAGGAAGCGUGGAGUGAAAUGUCACCUGAGUAUCUGGACAAACUGACAGCUGGAAUGCCAAGGAUCUGCAAAGCUGUCACUGUUGCACAUGGAGGAUUUUUUAAUGAGAACUCAUUUAAGUAGUUUAAAAAAAAUUUCAAAUUGUAAUCAUAAUUUUUCAUGUUAUUUAUGUCCUGACUAUACAUUGUGAU